AUGGAUUCGACGGACCCCGGUCCGUCGCAGGACAUCCCCGAUCAUGGCAUUACGCAAGCGCCGACUCCCCGAGACGACGACACCCCAUUGUCCGAACAAGCGACUACGGGAUCUACAGAAUCUACUGGCGGUGACCACAGCGCCGUUCUCGAUGAACGGCCACCGCCUCUUCCCCCGCGCCCAGGCACAUUGAAUCUGUUGGAUGAAGGAGGGGCAUCUCUUCGGGUACCGCGGCAGCCUGCACAACCAGCUCUCCAAUCCAGGGCUACAACGGCGGUAUCUCUCCCAGAUGUUGCUUCGCAAGAUACAGGAAAGGAUACUUUGGCUGUGCGCAAUUUACAAGGCGCACUGAAGGCGAAGGCGAGCCUCAGCCACUUAGCCAGCCCAAGAGGAAGCGAAGCUGGCGAUACUGCUAGUAUCAGGAGCACAAUACCUCAAGGAGAUCUAGGCGAUGUCGAUAAUGUCUUCGGUGACUUUUUGGCAACGGAGCCUGGGCUUAUCCGCCAGCCUAACACGGGACUCUUGCAAUUCCCGGAGUUCCAAGCUGACGACGUAGAAGACGAUUUUGCCUCGGAGUUUGAGCCAGUGGGAGACGUUGGCGAAGAAGGGGAGAACGAAGAACUGGUUCUGGAAAAUUGGAAGUCGAAACGCAAACACUAUAUUAUCCUCUCAGCUGCUGGCAAACCGAUAUGGACGCGACAUGGUGACGGUGGUCUGAUAUCGACCUAUGUUGGCGUCAUUCAGACUAUCAUCUCGUUCUAUGAAGAUUCCAAAGACCGCCUAAGCAGUUUCUCCGCCGGUGAUACAAAGUUCGUGGUGGUCAACAAGGGGCCUUUGUACCUGGCUGCGAUCAGUCGCAUGCUUGAGAGUGAAACGCAGCUCAAACUUCAGUUGGAAGCCCUGUACAUGCAAAUCUUGUCUACUUUGACUCUUCCAUCCUUGACCCACCUCUUCUCUAUCCGCCCUUCUACCGACCUCAAGCGGCCCCUCCAAGGCUCUGAGACGCUUCUAUCUACGUUAGCCGACAGCUUUACGAAAGGCUCCCCAUCCACACUACUUUCCGCAUUGGAAUGUCUCAAGAUCCGCAAGUCUCAUAGGCAAGCGAUCAAUAACACUCUUCUAAAGACCAAGGUCAGCGGCCUUCUCUAUGGCUUGGUCGUCGCAGGUGGUCGGCUUGUCAGUGUCGUCCGACCUAAGAAGCAUUCUCUGCAUCCCGGCGAUCUGCAGCUUCUUUUCAACAUGAUCUUCGAAGCCGAGGCUGUAAAAGCUGGUGGUGGCGAGAGCUGGAUUCCCGUGUGCCUACCAGGCUUCAACAGCAGUGGGUACCUCUACAUGUAUGUCAGCUUCCUCGAUCUCCGAGAGGACUCUGGCAAUACUGCCGACGACACAACCACGAAAGAGGAGUCUGUUGCUAUCAUCCUGAUAAGCGCCAAUAAGGAAAGCUUCUUCGAGUUGCAAGGCAUGCGCGAUGCAUUCGUCGAGCAACUAGAGAAGAAUGGCAGUCUCAAAAUCAUCAGAGAAGCCGUUGACAAGGGCCGCCCCAGCACAACAGACAUAGUUCCAGGGACCGUCCUGCACCACUUCCUUUACAAGUCACGGGCCAACGUACAAUUCACAAUGUCCGCGUAUGACCCCGAAUUUGCCUCGGUAUCCCGACGUCGCAGGCUGAUGUCCACCUACAAUAACCUACAUGCAAGCAUCCAUGCUAAGCACACCCAUGUCAAGAUCCACCACUGUGUCUCACAAUCCUCGAGCUCAUUUGCAUGGGUGACACCGGUGUUCGAAUUCUAUUGCGUUGCAAAUGCAAAUGCAAACCGCAAUGCAUUGGCGCAGAGCGCAAGCAAGAUAAUAGACUGGGUGCAUCAAGAAGAGGAGAGACUCUUCAUUAUUGGCGGAGCGGUAUUCUAA